ACAUAUGCUGGUGUAGCUGACAAAGUGUCACUAUUUUUGAGUGAAAAAGUGCGUGGUGUGUAGAAAAAUCAUUAAAUAUCCUUUAGUGACCGCGAAUUUCAGCUUAAGCAUUAACGAGAAUGAGUGGAAGACCACCACCAAGGAUUGAUGGGAUGGUGUCGCUCAAGGUCGAUAACUUAACCUAUCGCACCACUCCUGAGGAUUUGCGGCGCGUUUUCGAGCGUUGCGGUGAGGUGGGUGAUAUCUACAUCCCGCGCGACCGCUUUACCCGCGAGAGCCGUGGCUUUGCUUUUGUGCGCUUCUACGAUAAACGCGAUGCUGAAGAUGCGCUCGAAGCAAUGGACGGGAGGAUUCUCGAUGGGAGGGAGCUCCGUGUUCAGAUGGCCCGCUACGGAAGGCCCACGAGCCCCCAUCGUCGUGAUCGUCGCAGUGACCGCAGGCGCAGGUCUAGAUCUCGCUCACGCGAUCGUCGUCGUUCGCGCUCCAGGAGCCGAUCUCGUGGUGGGCGGCGUUCCUAUUCGCGCUCACGUUCACGAUCGGACAGCAAAUCUUCACGUGGACGACACUCACGCUCACGUAGCCCUGUCAAUCCGCGCUCCAAGUCUGUCAGCCGCAGCCGUAGCCGUAGCUUCUCACGUAGUCACAGUCGGGAUUGAGGGAAGGACCGCGUGGGAAAGAAAACGAGGAGAUAACUCUCUGACUGGCGAUUCCUUUUUAAUGAACAUCGCCAAGAUUUUCAAAGAACUUUGCAACACUCUGUAUUUUCAACAAGAACCCUUCUCUCCCCUACACGCAGCAAACACCGGAAAAUGGAUAAAAAUGUCAGAGAUUAAAAGGCCAUCAGUUCCGGCGUCGCCGGUGUAAGCCACGAGAGCAUAGAGAGAGAGAGAGAAAUUGAAAAGAGAGAUAAAGAAAGAGAAAAUGCGGGACAGAGCGAGUUGCUGUGUUAGCGGGGUGCCGAGUGCUGCAAACAGCCUUGCGGGUGCUGAUUGCUGAGUUCGCGGUUCCUGUCUUUUAAGAUCUCGCUGACCACCUCAUGAAAAAAAUAAUAUUUUGUGCAAAACAAAAAGUAUCUCGCACAAUUUAAGGUUUCCAGAAAAUUUGUAUAUCACAGAAGAACACACAAAAAAUGGAGCGAAAAGUCUUCAUUUUAUCGCAAAUGAAGAUUUUUCGCUUCCUAAUUGAGAUAUUUAAUUCCUCAAAUUAAUAUCUCGCUAAUUUGAAGAGAUAAACUUAAAUUUAACUCGAAGCUCGCACAAGUAUUAGUGUUAUAAAAAAAAAUUCCGAGAGCUAUUAAUAUCGUUUAUUAGCUGUGAUUUUUUUUUUUCUAAAAUUAUCCCUCAAUCUAUAAAGUUCUAUUUCAGAAAAUAUUCAACACAAACUUGGUUAUAUGGAGGUAAGUGGUAAUAAUAAUAUCUUGCUUUGUUGUUUCUCUUUUUCAAUUCACAGGAUGUGUACGAAAAGGAUUAAAAUAAAAUUCUACGAUAUUUUAGAAA